AUGAAUAACUUAUUUAUGUUACGUCGUAUUUUACCUUUAUAUCACAACAGAUAUAAAAUAUCGUUGAUCUUAUUGUCAUCAUCAUCAUCAUCAUCAUCAUCAUCAAAAGCAAUUUAUUCAAGAAUGAAAGGACUUAUAGAUUCAAAACAAUAUGAAAAAGCUUUAUCUAUUUUUGAUCAAGAAUCUCAUUUAUGUAAAGAUAUUGAAAUCAAUAUGGCAUUAAAAGCAUGUAUUAAUUUAAAGGAUCAUCAACGUGGUAUGAAUAUACAGAAAAAACUUUCUCAAAAUUCACUUGAGAAUCCUUAUAUUCAAACAACACUUAUUCAAUUUUACAGUGAGUUAUACAUUUUAGCAAAUGAAAUUCUAGCUUGAAACUACAAUAAUAAUCGAUUAAUUUCAUUUUUAUGUACAAUUCAAUUGAAUUUUCGAAAUAUUUUAUCAAUAUUUGUUUAUUAUGUUAACGAUGAAUAUGAUUGUUGGUAGAACAAACACAAUAACGACAUUCACAUCUAACCUUAAUAAAAUAUCUCAUAUUAAUUAAUUAUAUUUUAAUAAUUACAGAUCAUUCAAAUAAUAAGUAUCUUAUUUUAUGUUUAUUUCUAGUGCAAUUUCACGAUAUCGAUAAUGCUUAUCGUCUAUUCUCUACAAUUAAUAACAAAUCAAAUUACAUCUAUAUAGCGAUGUUUAAAGGUUAUUAGAAUUUUUAUUCUUUCAUUGAUAAACUUCAUUUUAUUUUCAGGUCUCAUUUCAAAUAACAUGUCAAUAAAGGUGCUCGAUUUAUUCGACGAAAUUAAAAUUCAACCUAAUGAGCCUAUUCUCGCUCUUGUAUUUCGAGCGUGCACUCGAGUUGCUACUGAUCGAGCAAUGAAAACUGGAAGAAAUAUUCUUAAUCAAAUGCCUA